CCUAAUUUCACACAUCCCAUUUCCUAAACCACUUAAUCUAUUUGUUGUAUUCACCAUGUCCGAAGAGAAACACCACCACCACCUCUUCCACCACCACAAGGAUGAUGAGGACAAGAACCCCAUAGAAACUGAGACUGCCGAUGACUACGACUCUGGCUUCAACAAGCCAUCAUACGAGACUUCUGGUGGUGUUGGUGCCUAUGAAACUGGUUACAACAAAACUUCAUAUUCUUCUGAUGACCCUUCCGGUGGUGGAGGCUAUGAAGCUGGUUACAACAAAACCACAUACUCCUCUGAUGAGCCUUCUGGUGGCUAUGGUGGUGGUGGAUACUCCGAGACCACCGCUGUGGGUGGCUACACCAAAACAAGUGGUGGUUACGGCGAUGAUACUGAUCGGCGUGAUGAGGUUGACUACAAGAAGGAGGAGAAGCAUCACAAGCACCUUGAGCACCUUGGUGAGUUAGGUGCUGCAGCUGCUGGUGCUUACGCCUUGCAUGAGAAGCACAAGGCAGAGAAAGACCCAGAGCAUGCUCACAAGCACAAGAUAGAAGAGGAGGUUGCAGCAGCAGCAGCAGUGGGAGCUGGUGGGUUUGCCUUUCAUGAGCAUCAUGAGAAAAAGGAAGCAAAAGAGCAGGAUGAGGAAGCUCAUGGAAAGAAGAAGCACCACUUCUUUGGCUGAUCCAACUCCAAACACAUAAUCCAUAUUCCUUCUACUUAUAAUUUCUCUUCUCUUAUGUAUGCUUUUGCCUUCUAUGUGUGUUAAAUUAUCUUCCUCUUUAUUUUGGGACUGUGUGGAGAAUGUUUCCUUUCUUACAUCUUGCUUUCUAUAUGCAUAUGUACUGUGUUAAGUACAUAUAAAUAAUAUAUAUUGUUAAAUGAUUUUAAAUUACUUUA